AUGGAGAGGGAUUUCCGUCAUCCUUACAGGCCAUAUGAUAUCCAGGCGCAGUUCAUGGAGGCGCUGUACGGCUGCAUCGAGGACGGCGGCAUAGGCAUAUUCGAGAGCCCAACAGGUGAGUCUACGGCGGGGAAAUCUCUCAGUCUGAUAUGUGGCUCGCUGGCCUGGCUGAGACACCACAAACGCUCCGUCUUUCUCGAAAAGGCCGAUGACGACGACGACGGGGAGCCGGACUGGAUGGUCCAGCAUGCUCGACGCGAGAGGACCCGGGAGCUGCUCGCCCGUCGAAAGGAGCUCGAAGACCGUCUGGCUCGAGUCCGUGAAGCCGAAGAGCGUCACAGGAAGAAGCUGGAGCUUGCCUCCCGUUCGUUCAAGAAGAUGCGAGUCGACGAGAAAGCUCGAUCAGAGACCAGGGAGGAAGACUUCGAGCUGGAUGACUACGAGAGCGGUGACGAGACGGCUGGACGGCCACAGGAUGAUACCAGCCCCUUAUCGGCGGACACGCUGGCCCUGCUGGAGAGACUGAAGGGCCCCGUUCGGCAGGCAGAAGACGACGACGAGGAGACCGUCAAGAUCAUCUACUGCUCUCGAACACACUCGCAGCUCAUCCAGUUCGCACAGGAGAUGCGCCGUGUCCUGCCUGUGUCAAGCGUACCCCCUGACCUGGACGAGAAGCAAGAUGAAAAGGAAGGAGAAAACGAAAAAGGAGAAUGGAUCAAGCAUACGCCUCUCGCCUCUCGCAAGGCUCUCUGCAUCAACCCUUCUGUACGGUCUCUGGCUUCUGCCACCGCCAUCAACGAACGGUGUCUGGAGAUACAACGGCCCAACGUCGCGGCGGAGCACAGGUGUCCCUAUCUGCCUGCGGACAACGAGCUCAAGACCUCCCAAUUCCAGGACCACCUGCUCGCCCGGGUCAGUGAUAUUGAAGACCUACCGCCCCUCGGUACGAGGAUAGGCAUAUGUCCCUACUACGCAACCCGCACCGCCAUGCGAGCUCCCGCCACGGAAGUGGUCACCUUGCCUUAUCCCCUGCUGCUACAGCAGUCUGCCCGUGAGGCGCUCAACCUCUCGGCAAAGAAGAGCGUCAUCAUCAUCGACGAAGCACAUAACCUCGUCGAUGCAAUUGUCAACAUCCACUCCGUCGCCGUCUCGCUGGCACAGCUCAGAACUGCCCUGGCCCAGAUAACGACGUACGCGAAACGGUUCAAGACUCGUCUACGAGGCAGGAACCGGGUAUAUAUUGCUCAGCUUAUCAGACUGGUCGGAUGCAUGGUUCGGUGCUUGGAAGAGGUGGCAGCACAGACUGAUAGGGCGGAUGGGGAGCUCAAGGUGCAGGAUGUCCUGGGCGGUGGUCUUGGUAAAGGGGGUGCAGACAUGAUCAACCCGCACAAGCUGGGUGUCUAUCUGAGGGAGAGCAAGCUCGCUAGGAAGGUAGACGGGUAUAUUGAACAUACCACUGCCCAGGCUGGUGGCGGUAUGGGGGCUGGUCGGAAGGGGGACGGCGGAAUGCCGGUGCUGUUCCAUGUGCAGAGCUUCCUCCUCCCCCUCAUGGACCCUUCAGACGAAGGACGGCUGUUCUACGAAAAGGCUAGCGGCGACGUGCAGAUGAAAUAUCUCUUGCUCGAUCCUACCAGUCGGUUCAGGGAGCUUGUUGAGGACGCAAGGGCUGUUAUCCUUGCUGGAGGGACCAUGGAGCCGAUGGAUGACUACGUUGAUCAUUUACUCUCGUACGUUCCACGAGAGAAGGUGAAGACUUUUACUUACGGGCACGUCAUACCAAAGGACAACCUGAUAGCCAUCCCGGUGGCUAGAGGGAUGGAUAACGUCGAGUUCAACUUCACCUUUGACCAGCGGCAGUCCGAAAAGAUGAUCACCAGCCUGGGCCAAAUGAUAGCAAGAUUCUGCUCUGUCAUCCCUGACGGUGUCGUUGUAUUCUUCCCAAGCUACGACUACCUAGCAACCGUUCUGAGAGUCUGGUCAUCCACCUCCGGCGUUCUCGACAAUCUCUCCCGCCUCAAACCCAUCUUUCAUGAAGCCCCGUCUGACAGCAGCGGCAGUAACAACAACAACACCAACACCAACACAGACUCUCUCCUACAGCAAUACUCCGCCUCCAUUGACGCUGGAAAGGGUGGCCUCCUCCUCUCCGUGAUGGGCGGUAAGCUAUCGGAAGGCAUCAACUUUUCAGACGCACUAGGCCGUGGCGUUAUUGUAGUUGGCCUCCCAUUCCCAAACACCCGCAACGCCAUCUGGCAGGCGAAGCUGCAGCAUGUCGAAAGGAGGGCAUAUGAUCUUGCGGAUGCAAGCCUGUCCGCGGCAGAACGAAGAGCCCGUGGCAAGCAGGCGAGCAGGGCGUACUAUGAAAACACAUGCAUGAGGACAGUCAACCAGUGUAUCGGUCGCGCUAUACGGCACAAGGAGGACUAUGCCGCCAUCUUGAUGAUAGAUAAGAGGUAUCAAACUGAGAGGAUUCAGGGGAAGCUGCCUGGCUGGAUCAGGGGGAGUCUCCGUCCGCAGUCCGUUGCCCAUCAGCAACUCCAGCAGCUCUUCAGUAAUAAAUCCUAG